UUUUGUGAGUAUCAAGUCGCCUGGAAAUCUUUUCAUGCUGGACACAAGCAAAAGCCCAGUAAAAACAUUCUUUUGAUGUAUAAAGGGAAUUCCGUAAACGCAUUAGACUAUGAACAGCGUACGACCUUUAAAUAAAUAGCCUGGAAAGACCCUGGUAUCGCUGUUUCAUUGGAUGCGCGUCGUUCUACAAAAGACCACUGCAAAAUAACAUCGGAGUACCAGUCAAAUGACCUAAGGUCACUGCAUGUAUCGAUCAUGAUUAUCAUCGUGUGACGUAUCAAGGUCUCCCGAGUCAUUCAAAAAUGAAAAUGGAGGUAUGCGAACUUGGUUGUUGCAGGUGUCGAAGCAUUGGGUAAACCUUUGACAAUAAUUGUGACCCAACAGCGUAGUUUUUUUAUCAGCACCAACGCCACGAGAACUGUGUGGAGUCUAGUUUUGUGUUCACCAAACUUGAAAGCUUAGUCAUGCGAAACUGCCGAUAAUGGGUAAAACCGUAGGGGAAAUAGGCUUACAAUGGCAAGUGAGAAAGCAACUCUAAUUCAGUGAGCGUUAUGACAUGCUAGAAUUAAAAGGAAACAAGUGCACAGGAAAAUAGGCAUAGAACGUACAUUUUGUGCCUAGCGCAACCGAACGCUACCAGGGCUGCGUCUUUGGUUAUUUGGCAUUUUGAGGUCUGCUCUUCUCGAUUCGGUGUUCAAUUUCUUGGACACGUCGCGCCUCUGCUACUAAGCACAUGUAGCUGCAGUAAACUUUGACGUGGAUUUCGAAAGUAGAAUUACCUUGAAGUUUGACAGCCGAGUACAAUUAAUCUACCACGAUGGAACGACACUGUCAAGCGGCGAUUCUGCAUGUUCUCAUUUUGCUCUAUGUGUCGGUGGUUUCUUCGUCCUGUCCUCCUCCUCCCAAGCAAUUGGGCACUAACUGCUCGGAUGAAACCAUCGUCAACUUCCAGGUCAACUACAAAAUUACUUGUACCUGUAUGUUCGGAUAUAAUCCGGUGGGCGACCUCACGAGAACGUGUACUGAGAGUAGCACUUGGACGGGAAGUGACGAUAUUUGUCGCAUUGAUGCUGUCUCUGUUGCUCUGGCGUGUUUUGCAGGGUUGGCAGCCAUCUUGAUUUUCACAACCUUAUCGUGUUGUUUGAUUUCCAGAGACCGGCGCAGGAGACGCCGGGCAGAGCGCCGUCUGACCAUCCAACGACGUGAAGAAGAGGCAGCUAACGCGGGGUUAAACGGCCCAGCCCAGCAGGAACCUGACCACUAUACCAGGACUCCAUCGACUAAAGAGCGAAGUGACUCUGGACUCCAGACCGACUUGGAUAUGGAAGACAUCGACUUCAAUGAUUUCAGCAUGGAGGUGGAUAGUCCUACUGAUAACAAUCCACCUGAGGGCCUAAACCUUGAUUUUAUUGAGGAAUAAAAUGUUGGUUUAGAUAGAGAGAGUAUAGCCUUUUAUUCUCUGGGAAACAUAGGCUAUGAUCUGAUUUUAGGAUGUUGUCAAAUCUGUGGUCGUAAUCAUGUUCUGGGCUGAAGCCAAUAACAGGGCGAAAUAUGUAAAUUCACCUGUCACUAGGCAAAAAAAAUACUAUAAAAUAA